UGCCUGUGGUUCAUUCAUUAAUAAAAUCACAACCCCAUAAUUUUUAUCCUUAAUCAAACCAGCAAGCAAAAUUCAUCUUUGAUUUUGUACUUCUCUGUCGUCACCUCAAACGUCACACACUAAGUCAUAGAUUUAUAACUACAAAUAUCCCUUCAAUAAAUUGUUCAAACCUCAAUUCCCACACUCCCAAUUCACCACUCAUUUUUGCUAAUACAAAACCCUACUCAAGCAAUGGAACAUCGCCACGUGCUCCUAGUAACCUUUCCGGCGCAAGGCCACAUCAACCCCUCCCUCCAAUUUGCAAAGAAGCUCAUAAAAUUGGGCAUCCACGUCACCUUCGCCACCAGCAUCUCCGCGCGGCGGCGCAUGGUGGCGCCAGUCCUCACCAGCGGCCUAACCUUCCUUGCCUUCUCCGACGGAUUCGACGACGGUUACAAGCUCGGCGACGACGCCAAUAUAUUCAUGGACGCGAUGCGAAGCCACGGCUCCACCGCCUUGAGAGGCGCCAUCGCCGCUGCAGCGGAGGAGGGCCGCCCCGUCACAUGCCUAGUCUACACGCUCCUCCUCCCCUGGGCGACGGAGGUGGCGCGUGAGCUCCACAUCCCCAGCGCGCUCCUCUGGAUCCAACCCGCCACUGUCUUCAGCAUUUACUACCACUUUUUCAACGGAUUUUCCGACAAAAUCACCGCAAAAUCGGAUAAUCCAGGCUGGAAAAUCGAAAUCCCCGGAGCUCCGCCGCUCUCGAAAACCGACCUUCCCUCCUUCCUCCUCCCUUCAUCAUCAGAAGCGCAUAAGUUUGCGCUUCCGACGUUUAAGGAACAGUUCGACGCGCUGGACGCCGAGCCAGGCAAGCCGAAGGUGCUCAUCAACACCUUCGACUCGCUCGAGGCGGAAGCGCUCAGCGCGUUCGACUGCUACGAGCUGAUCGGAGUCGGACCGUUGAUUCCCUACGCCUUCAUCGGCGGCGAGGAUCAAACGGACAAGUCGUUUGGCGGCGACCUCUUCGUUAAAUCCGACGGCUGCAUCGAGUGGCUGAACUCGAAGCUGCAGUCGUCGGUGGUAUACGUGUCGUUCGGGAGCCUGCUCAGGCUCCCGAAGGCACAGAUGGAGGAGAUCGCGGCCGGCCUCCUGCUCUCUGGGAGGCCGUUUUUGUGGGUGAUACGGGCGGCGGAGGAGGAGAAAGAGGACGAGAAACUGAGCUGCUUAGAAGAUUUGGAUAAGAUUGGGAAAAUCGUGACGUGGUGCUCCCAGCUCGAGGUGCUGACGCACCCCUCACUGGGAUGCUUUGUCACGCAUUGUGGAUGGAACUCGACUCUGGAGAGCCUGUCGUGUGGGAUCCCUGUCGUGGCGUUUCCCCAUUGGACGGAUCAAGGGACGAAUGCGAAAAUGAUAGAGGAUGUGUGGAAGAUUGGGGUAAGGGUAAGAGCUAAUGAGGAUGGGAUUGUGGAGAGUGGUGAGAUUUGGAGAUGUGUUGAAGAAGUGAUGGAUGGUGGAGUCAAGAGUGUGGAAUUCAGACACAAUGCUAAUAAAUGGAAGGGAUUGGCUAGAGAAGCUGCGGCGGAAAAUGGGUCUUCUACAGUCAAUUUAAAGGCGUUUUUGGACCAUGCAUCUUGAAGUUUGUCCUUAUAUGGUAUGGUAUUGAUGGCUUCUACUUGAUGCUUAUAGCAUAUAUAGUCGUGCUCGCAUGCAAGCUUAACAGUGCUCCUAAUCAGUGGCAAAACUAGAAUUUUUACCAUUGGACCAAAUCAGUAUUAAUGAUUAUAGUUAAUAAAUAAAUUGAUGGGGGACUAGGGCCCCUGGCCCCAAUAUGGCUUCGCCACUGCACCUAGUCAUGCAAGGUCGUGCUUAGGCAUUGAGUACGUGCGCAUAUGCACAAGCGCUGAGCACACCGCUGCGCAUGCAUUUGGAUAAUUUACCUACUUAUAAAUUAGUGGUGGUAUUCAUGUAUUGCCUGGUUUAAUUUUAUACGACUCCAUUAAAAAUUAUUUCGA